AUGUCGCAAGCGUCUACUGAUUCGUACCAUGCCUUAGUGACGGAGAUCAUGGGGUCCGACUUCCAUUGGGACACCAGUGGCAAUACUAUUGAGGUUGAAUUAGCCACUACCAGUAAGGAAGUAAUCGUGGAGGUGGACCCACAGCUGACCCUUGACUCGCUUUACCAGCUAUUUAUUCAAGUACUGAGGCUCAAAGUACACUCAUUACAGCCGUGUGGCCUCUACGACGCUCAAUUGGACCUGGUUUGUGGCUUUCAGCCGCUACUGACGCUGGAAAUGAAACACCACCUCUAUCGCCACUGGCAGUGGACGUGGCUCUGUCCCUUUGACCAUGGGGGCUCUCAAUGCCACACACUACCCAAUUCUGAGCUUCUCCACGCUCAUCUACGUGUUCACCAUGGCGACCACCCUCAAACGGAGCUUGACGCUUACUACGCCUUAGUCCGCCAAUUUGGACCGACAAGCACUGGUAGUGUACCACCGUGGUUAUUUACUAGUACCAGUUUACCGGGAGAAACCCCACUUACAGCCCACCGGCGUAUUCUCCAAGAAUGGGUCCGCCAGACGUACCCUUAUACUACACUAGAACAAGUUGAACUAGCGAUGGCGUCGCCGUGGCUUGACGUCGAGCCAUCGCUCAUGGCUCGCUGCUAUGGCCUCGGGUACCCGUGUCCCCUCCCCCACCCUAAUAAUCACGAUGCCAUCGUGUUUAGUACGACAGAAGAAUUGCGGGGCCACUUCCAGCGCUACCACGCGAUGACCACUGACACCCAACUAGCCGUGGUUGACAGCUACCUCGUCCACCACAGCCAACCAACGGCACUACUUGUCAAUAAUGCGUUACGCGAUGGUGUCACCGAUGUCAGUCGGUGUCACGGUGACGACGCUUUGUCAGUGCUCAGGUUGCUAGAUCCCAACUAG